AUGUCCAAAAACAGCUCAGUCAUCACCUACGCUGCCGGCGCGGGUCUCGCCGCCAUCGCACUGGUCUAUGUUUUUGGUCCUACCUACCUCAUCGACGAAUCUCCCAACGGCACUCGCCGAUCCUCUCACGCCGUCGGCCUGCGUAACGUUGGCAAUGAUUGCUUCAUCAACUCCAUCCUCCAGGCCCUCGCCGGGCUCGGGGAGCUGCGCUUAUACCUCAUCCGCGAGACCCAUCGAAGGGUCAUCGAUGCCGAUGUAUACGAAGCCCUCGUGCGACCGACCCGCUCCGCCGAUGCACCUUCCCAUUUCGGUGGUAAGGAGCUCAAGGAAUGGCAGAUUCGCAGCCUACAAGCAGGAGCCGUGACGGCAGGGCUCAAGGAGAUGCUAGAUAGACUGAACGAGAGGCCCAUUUCCAAAAAGGCCAUAUCACCGAGGGGUUUCGUCGCGGUGCUGGAAGGCGCGUUUGGCCAGACCAUCAACCGACAGCAACAGGACGCGCAGGAAUUUCUUCAGCUGCUCGUAGAAAGGUUGCAGGACGAAUACAACGCGGGAAAGCGAGCGAGGGCACACGCGAAGCGAGAACAAAAUAGAAGAAAGCUUGCGGGGAUCCACAUCUCCUCCGAGAAUGGCACGCCCACCUCGCAAAGGACGGAUCCGACCCUAGACGCCUUUCAAGGGGAGGGCGAAGAAGCAGAAUACGAAGAGCAUGACUUUCCCUUGGAGGGCGAGCGCGAGGCCCAGUCCGAGUGCAUGACGUGCGGGUAUAAGACGCACCCUCGCAAGGAGGUGUUCUGCAUGCUUACCCUCUCCGUCCCUCAAGUGCGACAAGUGCCGUCUUUGCACGCCCGGAAGCUCCUUGCCAACGACCUAUCCAAGCUCCCGCCGACUCCCGCCGACGCGUCCGAAGACCCCCGCCCUAUCAUGCGGGAGGCCCUCCGCAAACUCGACGAGUCCAUCGAAAAGGACCCCGAGAACCCGCCCAGCGACAACAUGGCCAAGGUGUCGUUUCCCGAGCAGCUACGCCUCGGCGGACUGCGCGAGACCAAGCGCUACAAGCUCCUCGCCACCGUGACGCACAAGGGCGGGCACUCCAGCGGGCACUACCAGUCCUUUCGGCGGCAUGCCUUUGCGGCCAACCCCUUUUCCAACCCCCAUCUCAUGAGCGGCGUGUAUAGCAGGGCCGCCACCCCUCUGCCACACCCCGCCCCCGCCGCCUCGACGCCGAAUCUCGUCGCGAGCCCUAAUUCGUCGGGCGAGCUUGUCACGCCUCCCGGCGUCGACGAAUCUUUCCCCUCCGCUGGUCCCGUCAAUGGCGCGUCGUCCAAGUCUGGCUCGAUUAGGGACAAGGACAAGGACAAGUCGGACUCGAGCAGCAUCCGCUCCGUCGCUGCCUCGGCGCUCUCCAAGCUUUCGCCGUCUAAGAGCGGGUCGAACCUCAACGGCCAAUCGAGCGUGAACGGCGCAGCGCCGUCGGAGCGCCGGCCGAGGACGGCUCUCAAGAAGAAGAACCAGAAAUGGUGGAGGAUCAAUGACGAAAAGGUGCGGGAGGCGCGGACGAGCGAGGUUUUGGAUAUGGAGAGGGAAGUCUAUCUCUUGUUCUACGAAUUGGAGGCGGACGAGCCUUCAGAUGUAUGA